AUGCUCCAACGCAUCCGAAGCACCGUGCCCAAUACCAAUGGGAGCGAGUCUAGACCGGCCCAGAUCUCGGCUCCUGCUUUAAAAGCCCUUUCCAGCAUCGCCACUGAGGCCCAUCCGAAAAUGCAUCUCCGCAUCCCCAAGUCCCCUCUGACCGUUAUCGGCGACACGUGCCAGGCCGAGAGCGUGCCCCUGGCCGGCCACAUCGAGGUCGCCGCCAAGCCCGUCCAGCACCAGGACAUCACUUCCGUCCAGCUCCAGCUGCUGCGCACCACCAAGAUCAAGAAGCCCGCCACCAAGCCGCAAGAUGCCCUGCUUCCCUCCAGACGACGCUCCUUCGGCAACCGCAGCCCCACCCGCGACAAGCGGACCUGCGUCGAGGAGCUGAUGCAAUGGACCGUCGCCUAUUCGCCUUCGCCCAUGACCGCCGACUCGUCCAACAAGCAGCGCCGCAACCUCCUCCCCUUCAACGUCCGCAUCCCAGGCCACCUGCCCGCCUCCACCUCGACCCCCGUCGCCAGCACCUCGUACGCCCUUGCCGCGACGGCCGUAUCGCGCGCCACCGGCAAGCCACUGUUCAAGACUGAGACGCCGCUUGUGCUACGCCGCGCCUUGCACCUGCCCGAGGGGCCCGCCGAAGUGUCGCUGCGUCGCCGCUUCCCAGACAGCCUCAUGAGCACGCGCUUGGCUCUCCCCGGCGUGCUGCGGCCCACGGACGACUUUACCGCUCGCCUGACACUCUGCGGCAGCAUCUCGCAGCGCGGCCGCACGACAACGCGCCUGGCGGUGCGCCGGCUGGACUGGCGCAUUGAGGAGCGCGCCGCCAUUGUGCCCGUGGCAGAAGCCGGCCGGCUGCCGCCCUUCUCCGAGAUCGAGACGGGUGCGACCAACGCGGCCGAGACGGCGCAGCAAAAGAAGGAAACCCAGCAGCACAUCCGCAAGCUGGCGUCUGGCGGCUGGACCGGCAACCUCGACAAGCUGCCGAAGCCGGCGCCUUCGGGCGAGGUCGACACGUCCUUCACUGUGACGCUACCCGCGUCAGCACGCGCGUCGUGCGGCGUCGAGCCGGAUACGAUGAGCAACACGGCGGCGGCGGGCGACGACCACUCGGCCCUGUCCGUUUCGCACGUGCUGGUGCUUGAGCUCAUCACGGCCGAGCUCAAGUACAGCGUCGACACGGGCGAGCUCGUCAACAUGUACCCCUUCCCCCAGCGCAAAUUCGGCGCCGUCUACGACAUCACCGUUUCGAACUGGGACUACGCCAACGAUGGCGGCAACGCUGCCGCAGCGGCGCUGGAGGGACAAUUCGGUACUGCUGCCCCUUCGGUGGUGCUCCCGCCGACUUCGACUGCUUUCCACCCCACGAUACCCCCUUAUUGCGAGAUUUUUGGCGAGAUGCCGCCUUCGUACGACUCCGUUGCCGUAAUGUAA